AGUCGUGAGGAUACACAAUGUGUAUUACACAUACAUAGACAACAUCUAUAUAGUAUAUACUACCCCGACAACACUGACAUACUGUUGUAGUUGUAAUAACCUGUAAAUCAGACAGUAACGUACUGACGUAUGUACGUGUAAACUGACGUGAACAAACAAAUAAACGUUAAAUACCUGUUUUCACCUCCAAAAUAAAGCAGUCAAAGUUAGAUAUAAGUGAAAAAAGUGAUUAAACAAAAGCUUAAACUCAGGAGAAAUAAUGGAGUCCAGCUUCAACGAGGAGGAGCACACCAGUUGGGAGGACAUUAACCAGGGCGAUGACAUGAAUGAUGAUCCUUCCGAGGAUCCUCAGCUGGUUCUAAAAGAGUGCCUUGAUAAAUUUAAAACUCCGGAUUACAUUAUGGAACCUGGCAUUUGCACUCAGCUCAAAAAGUAUUUUCAAGCUGGAGGUAAUCCUGAAACCGUAAUAGACUUGUUAUCUCGUAAUUACACAGCUUGCGCUCAAAUGGCAAAUCUCCUGGCUGAGUGGCUGAUCCUAGCGGGAGUAAAACUUCCAGACGUCCAAGCAAUGGUGGAAAACAGUAUGAAAGAAAUGAUACUUAAAAAUUUUGAUCCCAAGAAAGCUGACAAAAUUUUUCUUUCUUCUGACGAGAUAGAGACACCUGGAUGGAUGACAGAUAUGAUUCAGCAUCCUACCUGGAGAUCACUUAUUUAUAAACUUGCUGAAGAAUAUCCUGACUGUUUGAUGUUAAAUUUCACAAUUAAGCUUAUCUCCGAUGCUGGUUAUCAAGGAGAAAUCACAAGUAUAUCAACUGCUGCUCAACAAAUCGAAGUAUUUUCUCGCGUGUUAAAAACGACCAUUGCUAAUUUUCUUCAAAAUAUCGGACAGUGGCAAACUAGUAUUCAAGAAUGUGCAAGAAUGGUUUGUCACGGCCAGCAUACUUACGUAUACAGUCAAUUGUUGCUACAUAUUUUGUCCCACGAAAAUAAAGGUGGAUUUAUGAUGAAGAGAUUAUCACAAGAAAUUACUAAAUGCGCUCAAGUGAAUGGACAUGAUGUGACACCCAUUACACUGGCAUUGAAUGGAGCUGCGUCUAGUCCAGGUGCCUGUCUAGCGCUAUCAUCUAUGCUUUCUCGGAAUUCAUUGAAUCCGGCUGAUAUAACUGUUCUGUAUCGUAAUUACAAUCUACCGGAUCCACCACCAAUAGAACUUAUUCGCAACCCGCAAUUUUUAGAAUUGCUUGUUGAUGCUUUGUUCAAACCUGGUGUAAAAAUCAACUCAGAACACAAGUCGAAAUAUAUGUAUCUGUUAGCUUAUGCAGCCAGUGUUGUUGAAACUUCAACAAAGAAAGGAACUCAAAGGAAAAUCAACAAAGAUGAUUUGAAAAAUACAAUUCAAUCAAUUGAAAAAGUUCAUAAUAUAUGUAAUACCAACAAAGGAUCUACUGAGCUUAUAGCAGAAAUUAACACUUUGUUCGAAUGCAUAAAAUCUCCAGUAGUCAGUGCUGGAGUAAUAAGAUGGGUAGAGUCUACAGUAACGGAGCCAUCUUACUUCAAAUUGUGCACAGAACAUUGUCCAAUACAUUUAGCUCUGCUUGAUGAAGUAGUUGGUUUACACAACUUACUACAUCCAAAAGUUUUAAGGCUAUUAAUACAACUUUUUGAAAGCAAACAAGAUGAAUUGGAAAUUUUAGUGCAAUUAGAAUUAAAAAAGAUGUUAAUCGACAGAAUGGUGCAUAUAUUGUGCAAAGGAUGCGUGGUUCCGACUGUUACUUACAUUAAACAGUGUUGGCAAAAGGGUGACACGGAUAUAUCAUUAAUUCGAUACUUUGUUACAGAGGUGUUGGAAGCAAUAGUGCCUCCUUACUCAAAAGAUUUUGUUCAACUAUUUUUGCCUUUAGUAGAACACGAAGAGAUCACAGGAUCAAUGAGAGGAGAUAAUGACAACGAUUUAGUGUCAGAGUUUAUAGUGUAUUGUAAGGCUCAAAAUCAUAAUGCAAAAUAAAUAUGAUUGAUUUUUUUUAAAGUAACCAAACAAGUACAAACGGUGA